AUGAGCGCUUCCAGGUUCGUAAAGUGCGUGACGGUCGGUGAUGGAGCUGUCGGAAAAACAUGUUUGUUGAUAUCUUACACAAGCAACACUUUCCCUACGGAUUAUGUGCCUACCGUUUUCGAUAAUUUCAGUGCAAAUGUGGUGGUUAAUGGAGCCACUGUUAAUCUUGGAUUGUGGGAUACUGCAGGGCAAGAGGAUUACAACAGAUUAAGACCACUGAGCUACCGUGGGGCAGAUGUUUUCAUAUUGGCCUUCUCUCUUAUCAGCAAAGCCAGUUAUGAAAACGUCUCCAAAAAGUGGAUCCCGGAGUUGAAACAUUACGCGCCUGGUGUCCCAAUCAAUGUGAAGGCGGUGUUUGACGCGGCCAUUCGAGUGGUGUUGCAACCGCCGAAGCAGAAGAAGAAGAAGAGCAAAGCGCAGAAGGCGUGCUCCAUCCUAUGA